AUGGCUUUCUUCCCCCACCUUUGCAUGAUGCUCUCCCUGAUGGCGGCUGCUACUGCGCAGACCUUCUCCACGACUCCAGGGCAGAUCGACGCCAAAGUUACACUGCAGACCAACAGCUCUUGGCACUUGGGGGGUUUCUGUCUGGGCCAGGCAGGGCCCGAAACGACGAAGGCUGCAGAGAUUCAGGCGCAUGUGGAGUGGGAAGGCCAGCAACAGCUGAGCCAGACUGGACCGGUGAUGCUGGUGGCUUUCGAUGCUCGAGAGCAUCGUUGGGGCGCCGUCAAAGAGGCUUGGGGCCAGAUGACUUGUGAGGAGAAGUUGAGCGCCGCCAGCAUGCAGCGUCAUCUGGGCAAGAACCACAGCUACACUGACUUCACUUUCCGCAUCAACGUGCACCAGACAUCGGGCAUCAGAGACUGGCACUUCGCAGUCCUCACGUGUGGUGAAACGGAGCAGGCCACGUUGUCGCUGAGGCUGGUUGCAACGAAUGGCGCCCUGAACAUGUUCGAGGCCAACACCCACUUCGACACAAGCAGCUGCCCCGUGGUGUCUUGGACAGAAUUGCUCUUGCCGAUGUGCGCCAUGUGGGGUAGUAGGAUUGAGGAUUGA